AUGGAAGGAAGAGCCUUUUUCGAAGGAAACCAGAACACCUUCCGAAAUGUUUUACUUGUGCAGAACAAGAAAGCAGGGCAGUUUGGUGCCAGUUUCUGCAUUUUUUCACAGAGUGGGAAACAAAACGGCGAAAAUAAAUCAUUAAAUUCUUGCGAGAAGCAAUUGAGGUCAUUAGAUUCUUAUUUCCGGAAACUUCAGAAUGGCGGUCGGCGCCCUUCUUUGAGUAAGUCAAGCAGGAGGACAGAGUUGAUGAUACUGGACGAAAUUGAUCAGUUUACAGCAAAGAAGGGAUUGACUUAUCUAGACAAUUAUUUUGGAAAGCUCAACGAAGAUGGAAACACGGAUAUUGACAUGUCAUAUUCUCCUGAUGAUGAAAGUUAUGUAGUAGCUCCAAGCCCUUAUCUCAGCAAGGGCUACAAUAUCCCGGAACUGAAGGAACCACAUGCCCGCAUGCAGUUGAAAGACAGAAAUAGCCGGGUUGCUGAGAGCAGGAUUUCAGAAGAUGAAACCUCCAACUUAUACCUAAUAGGUAUACUUGCUGCCAUAAACAUUGCGGUUUUCCUGUUUGAAAUUGCGAGUCCCGUCAGGAACUCUGAGUUACAGCUCUUCUCAAUUCCAACGCUGUACGGAGCAAAGAUUAAUCAGUUAAUUCUAGUUGGAGAAUGGUGGCGUCUACUAACUCCUAUGUUUCUGCACGCUGGAGUGUUUCACAUUGGCCUUAGUUGUUGGAUGCUUGUCACCUUUGGGCCUCGAGCUUGUCGUGUUUAUGGCGGAUUUGCCUUCUUUCUGAUAUAUUUACUGGGAGGACUUUCAGGGAACCUGAUCAGCUUUCUUCAUACAUCUGAUCCAACUGUAUGUGGAACGGGACCUGUUUUUGCAAUAAUGGGGGCAUUGUUCGCCUACCAAAUCCAGAACAGAGGUUCAUUCGGAGAUAAUGAAUCAGAAAAGAUGCUACAGAAGGCAAUUAUAGCCACUUGUCUAAGUUGUACCCUUAACAAUUUUGGUCCAGUUGAUGACUGGACACAUUUAGCUGCUGCAUUCACUGGCUUAGCAUUUGGGUAUUUCACGUGCCCCAUGAUUCAGCUGGAUGACAAACCUUCGAAAAAUGGUCAAGAUGAUGGAAUCAGACUGGUUACCAGAUAUGCUGAUUCCUGUAAAUCAGUUGGAUACUUCUGCUUCUUCCUUCUGCUAUGGUGCUCCUUACUCUUUGCAGUUGAGCCACCUCUUUAG